GCUACAACACAAGCGCCGAUAUGCAAGCACUGAUCUGAAAGGGAAAGGGGGAUCGAAGAAAAAUGGCCGUCUAACGAAAAUCGAGAAAUACGAAAGACGAACGAGAGUGCGACGAUUGAAUGUGAAUACGGGUUGACGAUUUUUUUUACGAUUUAAUCGCGUAAUAACGAACGGGAUGCGUAACGAAAUGACGAUGUAUCAACUGAAACCGAUCGUUUCUCUACCGCAAACGUUGCGUGGUAGGAAAACAAUGUACGAAAUGCGAAAUAUUCAUGAAGAACGAUCAACAGGGAACCAUACGGAAGUCGAGGACAAGAUCGCACCCGAUAUCACUGAGCAGGUUAUCAGCUUUUUAAAGAAUCCACUGCCAGAGUAUAAUGCAUUAGAAACAAGACAAGAGAAGAUAUUGACGCAACUUGCAGAGCUCAAGCAACAAGUUUUAACACUUUCUAACUUUUUAAAUCAAACAAAACCAGUUGUAUCGUGUGACAAGGUUCCUAAGAAACAGGAUCCAGUUAAUGUGAAUCUUAUUAUUAAUGUGAAUCCUAAAAGACCACCUUAUUCAGUACGUGCAUUACAGAGAGUAUGGAGGGACUCUCAAAUUAAUGUACAGACAUAUAUCCACUCUAGUGUUAGUGAAGAAGGACCUGUUUGUUAUCAGACGGCCAAAGAUGCUUCCAGGAAUAAUGUUAUUAAUGUAUCACUGAUCUGGAAAGAUGUUAAAGAUCUGGAAAUCCAAUCUGGCCUUCGUGGUUAUCAUGUAACUGGUGAAACGAAUUUUCUAAGGUAUUUAACAAGGUUAAUAAGUUCACACGAUUAUGAAAAUUCUAAUUGCAUAGACGAUUUGAAUACAAUAGAUUUAAUGUUAGAUUUAUGUUACUCUUUAUAUUAUGAAGAAUCGUCGAAACAAAAAUACGAAAUAGUGUCAACAAUAGCUGAUAAGUUAGAUUUAAAUUGGUCAAAUGGAAGGAGUCCUAAUAUAGUAGAUAUUGCUGUAUGGUGUACAGUUAAACAAGUUUUUUCAGAACAGUGUCCGCCAAAACUGAAAAAGUGGUUUCAAACAUGUGAGACUCUUUUUACGUAAAUAAAACUCUUCCAUUAAAACGCUUAGCUAUUA